CCCUCCCCGCGCGGACAUUUGAAAAUAGCUUUGUGAAGAGCAGAGACAGUUUCCGGCGUGAGGGGAAAAGAAACAUAUACAGACAUGGCGCCCAGAAAAAGGACCACCAAACAACGGAAAAACAACCCCAGAACGGCCAAAAUGGAGGCUUUCCUGGAGGAUUUCGACAGUGCAGUAAAGACCAGAGUUGGACAGAUGAACGAGAAGUUCAACCAGCUACUGAAAGAUGUGGACAACAGCUACAACAUGGCUCUAAUUAAGCUUCCCAAGGCGGUCCGACAGACAAACUGGAUGGAGUUUUUCAUGUCUGAGAAACCCAAGUCACCAGAAGUGGAUAAUAUAAAGAGACGAGAGGAAGCUGCCGUCGUUAACAGCGUUGUGGCCGAGGACCACGCCGUCCUUCUGAAAUCAGUCAAGAAAACAUCAAAGAAAAAGGGCGGAGCCAAAUCCUGCUCCGGGGACGAAAUCCUCCCGAGCAACAUGAGGAAGGGAAAGGCAACGAGGAAACCGCCGACGACAUCUAAACGGGCAAAGGCGCUGGCCGCCAGCAUGCAGAACUCCUCCAUCAGGCGAUCGAGCAGGAAGAUGAUGGUCACCCCCGCCAGGAGCAUGCUGGACGCCUCUCUGAUGAUGGGCCCCACUCCCCUCAUCACGCCGCGCUUCGACCCGAGACUUCCCAAGACCCCCGCUGUGAGGAAACCCCGCCACAAAGAGAGGGUGUUCAGCAUCUCGGUCAACGGCUCUCCCAUCGCCUCAGGAAAUGAGGACAUCGUCAUCAACGUGCCCAUCGGCAACGGAGAGAGCGUCCAGCUGCUGGCCAGCCAGAUGGACUCGGUGGACCUGUCUCUGCUGGAUGAAAAGGCUCUGCGGAGCAUCUGGCUGCUAAAGAAUCGCCUCACAACCCUGUGUGGAACCGCAGAGUGACCCAACAACCGUCUGUCAACUUGUACAUUACCUUUUAUAUGAUAUUUUAUUCAUUUACUGUUGUAAGACCAUCUAGUAGCUGUUUUACUUGCCUCACCGUUCGUUUUUAAAUGUGUAUUUGGGCUUUAUCCUUCAUGGGGUUAUACUGUUGAUCUCUUUUUCAGUGCUUUUUCUAAAUUUGGAUUUUAUUUGUCCUUCAAGCCUUGUGAGACGCUUAACUCUGCAACUAUGGUUUUACUGCUCAUAAGUACCCUCUAAUCUUCCACUUGUAUUCGUGCAAAAUAUUUUGUCAUUGUUGAGUACACAACCCUCCUUGUACAUAGAUCAAUCUUUGUCUGCAAAAAACAAUAAAAGAUUUAGCCCAUU